UGGGGCACAUUACAAAAGAUUGCCUGUAAUCACACUGGUCGUGUUUGCCAGUGCCGGUGACGGGACGGGAGUGAAAGCAGUAGCUAGUAGCUUGAUAAUGAACAGUCAUCGACGUCAGCACUAAAGUAGUUUAGUUAUCUGGGCUAGUUAAUUAGCUAACGUCGCACUGCUGCACUACAAAGCGAGCUGGUUGGCUAGCUAACUAUAACUUAAAGAUAAGUUAGACUAAGCUAUGUAGCUAGCCGGCAGCCGACACACACCGCCAAUCACCUGGUUUGAAGACUUGGCUGGAUACUGGUUGUUACCUAGCUAAUAAACAAACUAGGCAGAUUAUCCCCUUGAAAAUAGUGAUCAGAUCAUAAUAGCUACGUAGCAAGACUAACUUCUGCGUACGAUAGCGAGCUAGCUAGCUAACUUAGCUAGCUAGCCAGCUAACGUCACAUCUGAAGAAACUGAUUUGAGUUGUUUAUUAGCUAGCUAACUAGCUAGCUUGGAAGAAACCUGUCAGAAGCUAAACUGGACAUUUUUUGUGGAGUGGGGGACCAUGGCUCUGAAGGCAGCGGUGAGCUCUGUGACAGUGGGAGUGGAAGGGAUGACCUGUGGAUCCUGUGUGCAGAGUAUUGAACAGCGGGUGAGGGAGAUGCCAGGGGUCUUCCAGGUACAGGUGUCCCUGGAGAUGAAGCAGGCUGCCGUGGUGUUUGACCCCAGCCAGCAGAGUCCAGAGUCCCUCGCAGAUGCCAUCGAGGACAUGGGCUUCAUAGCGAGCCAGGCGAACUCCGCCGCCACCAAAGACGUGCCUACGGAAACCAAGCUCCUUGCCCCGGCGGACCUCCCCGUGUCCACGCAGCAGGCGCUAAGCAGACUGUCGCAGCUGAAGGGGGUCCUGGAGGCGAGGGAGGCCCCGGAUCAGAGGGGGGUCACCAUCACCUUCAUUCCCUCUGUGGUAAGCUCUGAGCGCCUGGGCGAGGCCUUGAACACCCUGGCUGCGGAAAGGACGUCCAGGACUCCGGAAGGGCAGCUGCCCGCUCCGUUUGGGGAGGAGCUGGUGAAAAUGCACAUAGAGGGAAUGGUUUGCCACUCCUGCGUCACUACCAUCGAAGGGAGGAUCGGGAAAUUGAAAGGGAUUCAGAAGAUAAAAGUUUUUCUGGAGUCUCAGGAAGCCACGGUGCUGUACCUGCCUGACGUCAUCACGGUGGAUGAGAUCAUCAGCCAGAUCACGCUGGCGGGCUUCAAGGCCCAGCUGAAAUCCAAGCCCCGUCCACUGCAGCUGUCUGCCGGGGAGACAGAUCGCCUGACGGGCGCCCCGGUCCUGUCCCCGGGCAGGACAGAGCCGGAGUGGCCCGGGACAGAGGGCGCGGUCGUUGCGGGGAACGGGCAGGACGGCGCGGCUCAGCUACCCGACGUGCAGUCGGUGGAGGCGUCCCGCAAGAAGGAGGGAGCCGCCCUAAAUCACAGCCCCAGGCUCAUCAACGUGCUCCAGUGUCAGCCCCCUGCGGAGACCCUCCCCCCUGCCCCCCUGCACACCCCCGCACCCGCCUUCUGUCAGCCCCUGGGGGCGGUCGCCGAAAUCCGCAUCGAGGGCAUGACCUGCAAUUCCUGCGUGCAGUCCAUCGAGGGCAUGCUGUCUCAGCACAAGGGGGUGACGUCCGCCCGGGUGUCGCUGGCCAACCACAGCGGGACGUUCGAGUACGACCCUUUGGUCACCACGCCAGAGGAGCUAAGGGCAGCCAUAGAGGACAUGGGCUUCGAUGCCUUCCUGCCUGAAACCAAUUCCCUAGUGCCUGUCCCUGCGCCGAGCUCGCCUUCCUCCACGGGGCGAGUGUCUGUGAAGGAGAGGGAGAGGGAGAAGGAGGGGAGUAGGGGGGGUGCGCAGACCCUCGCCAAGUGCUUCAUCAAGAUCGGCGGGAUGACCUGCGCCUCCUGCGUGGCAAACAUAGAGAGGAACCUCAAGAACGAGGACGGGGUUUAUUCUGUGCUGGUGGCGCUUAUGGCCGGUAAGGCGGAGGUUCGCUACAAUCCCGGGGUCAUCGACCCCCACAGCAUCGCGGAGUGCAUCACAGAGCUGGGCUUCACUGCCUCCGUCAUGGAGAACAUCGACAGCUCCAAUGGAAGCCUUGAACUCGUGGUCAGGGGCAUGACAUGCGCCUCCUGUGUCCACAAAAUCGAGUCCAGCCUGGUGAAGGCGAAAGGGAUUGUUUACGCGUCUGUUGCCCUGGCAACCAACAAAGCCCACAUCAAGUAUGACCCAGAAGUGACGGGACCACGUGACAUGAUCAGAUUGAUAGAGAACCUGGGCUUUGAGGCCUCUCUCGUGAAGAAAGAUCGCUCUGCCAGUCACUUGGACCACAGUCAAGAAAUACGGCAGUGGCGGAAGUCCUUCCUGGUCAGCCUCUUCUUCUGCGUUCCCGUGAUGGGGAUGAUGAUCUACAUGAUCAUCGUCGACCACGACGUCCACACGGAGCACGAGCACAACGCCAGCUCGCCGGACCUGCAGCAGUACCACUCCACCAUGUUCCUGGAGCGGCAGCUGCUCCCCGGGCUGUCCAUCAUGAACCUCAUCUCCUUCCUCUUCUGCGUGCCCGUGCAGUUCAUUGGAGGCCGUUACUUCUACAUUCAGGCGUACAAAGCUCUGAAACACAGGACCGCAAACAUGGACGUCCUCAUCGUCCUUGCCACCUCCAUAGCCUUCACGUACUCCCUGGUCAUCCUGCUGGUGGCCAUGAUCGAGAAGGCCAAGACCAACCCCGUCACCUUCUUUGACACGCCUCCCAUGCUCUUUGUUUUCAUCUCCCUGGGCAGGUGGCUGGAGCAGAUAGCAAAGAGCAAAACCUCUGAGGCUCUGUCCAAGCUGAUGUCCCUACAAGCGACGGAGGCCACUAUUGUCAUCCUGAAUGAUGACAUGUCUGUGCUGAGGGAAGAGCAUGUGGACGUUGACCUCGUCCAGAGGGGUGAUGUGGUUCGGGUGGUGCCGGGGGGCAAGUUUCCUGUGGACGGGCGAGUCCUCGAAGGUCACUCCAUGGCAGAUGAGUCUCUCAUCACAGGGGAGGCCAUGCCCGUGACAAAGAAGCCCGGCAGCUCUGUGAUCGCCGGCUCCAUCAAUCAGAACGGCUCCCUGCUCAUCACGGCCACGCACGUCGGGGCUGACACCACCCUGUCCCAGAUCGUCAGGCUGGUCGAGGAGGCCCAGACGUCAAAGGCUCCCAUCCAGCAGUUUGCAGACAAGAUCAGCGGAUACUUUGUCCCCUUCAUCGUGGGCAUCUCCCUCCUGACCCUCAUUGCGUGGAUUGUUAUUGGAUGCGUUGACUUCGCUCUGGUUGAGAAGUAUUUCCCGGGCUACAGCAAGAGCAUCUCGCAGACGGAGGUGGUGAUCCGCUUCGCCUUCCAGGCCUCCAUCACCGUGCUGUGCAUCGCCUGCCCCUGCUCCCUGGGCCUGGCCACGCCCACCGCCGUCAUGGUGGGCACCGGGGUGGGCGCGCAGAACGGCAUCCUCAUCAAGGGCGGGGAGCCCCUCGAGAUGGCGCACAAGAUUCAGACGGUGGUGUUUGACAAAACUGGCACUAUCACGUACGGCACCCCCGAAGUGAUCCAGGUGAAGCUGGUGGUGGAGGCGAACCGCAUGCCCAAAUCCCGACUGCUGGCCAUCGUGGGCACGGCCGAGAACAACAGCGAGCACCCGCUGGGGGCGGCCAUCGCGAAGCACUGCAAAAAGGAGCUGAGGAACGAGGUUCUGGGCACGUGCACGGACUUCCAGGCGGUGCCGGGCUGCGGGAUCCACUGCCAGGUGAGCAACACGGAGGCGCUGCAGCGGCACGACGGCGGCGGCGGCGAUGGCGAGGAGAGGAACGAGCGCAACUCCGUCCUGGUGCAGAUCGGCGACAGCAUGACCGGCUCCGGCUCGCACCCCCUCAUCAUGGAGCCAGAACCCCUGACCCAGGUGCAGUCCGCGUCCUACGCGGUCCUAAUCGGGAACAGGGAGUGGAUGAGGAGGAACGGGCUCCAGGUGCGCCGGGAGGUGGACGAGGCCAUGAUCGAGCACGAGCGCAGGGGCCGCACCGCCGUCCUGGUGGCCAUCGACGGACUGCUCUGCGCAAUGAUCGCCAUCUCUGACACCGUUAAGCCCGAGGCCGAGUUAGCCGUCCACACGCUCAAAUCUAUGGGCCUGGAGGUGGUGCUGAUGACGGGGGACAACAGCAAAACCGCACGGGCCAUUGCUGCUCAGGUGGGCAUCAGGAAGGUGUUCGCAGAGGUGCUGCCCUCUCAUAAGGUGGCCAAAGUGGAGCAGCUGCAGCAGGCCGGCAGGCGGGUUGCCAUGGUGGGGGACGGGGUGAACGACUCCCCGGCGCUGGCCAUGGCGGACGUGGGCAUCGCCAUCGGCACGGGCACUGACGUGGCCAUCGAGGCUGCGGACGUGGUGCUGAUCAGGAACGAUCUCUUGGACGUAGUGGGAAGCAUUGACUUGUCUAAAAAGACCGUCAAACGGAUUCGAAUCAACUUUGUUUUUGCGCUGAUUUACAACCUUGUUGGAAUUCCAAUUGCUGCUGGUGUGUUCCUGCCCGUGGGUCUCGUCCUCCAGCCUUGGAUGGGCUCUGCUGCUAUGGCUGCUUCCUCUGUCUCCGUGGUGCUCUCUUCCCUCCUACUCAAAUGUUACACCAAGCCCAGCGCCGAGAAGCUGGAGUCGCGGCUGCGCGGGCAGAUGAAGCACAGCAGCUUGUCGGACGUCAGCAUCCACAUCGGCAUCGACGAGUGCCACCGGCCCUCGCCCAAGCUCAGCCUCUUCGACCGCUUCGUCAACUACAGCCGCGCCUCCAUCAACUCGCUGCGCUCCGACAAGCGCUCGCUCAACAGCAUGGCGCUCAGCGAGCCCGACAAGCACUCUCUGCUGGUCGGGGAGGCCGCGUGCGACGAGGAGGCGCUGUAAGGG